CGGGAACGGCCGUCGUACCCGCCGCCCUCGCGGGCGCUGUUCACACCGCCACUGCCUCCGGAGUAUUUACAUCCGUUUGCCGAUAAGCCAACGCUACGUGGCACCUAUUCGAACGUGCACACCGGCAACAGAAGGCCGAUACCGCCGCCCAGUCUGACGCCGCUGCACGAGCGAAUACCUAUCCGACCGCCGGAUCUACCCUCCGAGGAACCGGAAGAGGAGCACCAUUCCCACUCGGCGAACAAGCCGCUCGAACACGUGCCCGACAGCAGGGAACAGGAUCUCUUGGAGCCCAUCGAAACCGAAAGAAAGAACAUCACGAACGAUCCGUCGUUCGUGACUCUUCAUUACCCCAGUAUCUCAAGAAUUUUGUCCGGUAGUAAUGGCAGAAAACAGGACGUUCCCGAUAUAUUGUUGAAACCUCUGACUACAAAAAGUCCGCAUAUACCCUCGGCUCCGACGACAGAGAGGAUCACGUUGACGCAGAGCAGUACCACGUUGAGAUACAGCACCGCGAAUCCUUUCAAGCCCGUCGUCACGCAGCCAACGAUCUUCAACUUGCCGAAUACCGGUCGGCAAGAUGAUAACGAUUACCUUCACGGGCUGAGGAACGAGCACGGUCUGAAGACGGACAGUGUCGAGAUAGUGGAUACGGAACGGUUACCGUAUCCGCAGGCGCAGCCGCCGGCGCCAACAUCGAAACGGCCUACGAGCACUGACGACGACGAUCGUCUGGUGCCGCACGUGGACACGCACUCGCUCGAGUCCACGUGGCGAAUCGCAUGGUCGCUGCAUGUGUAUGUCGCGGCUAUCAUGUUCACGCUUAUGGCCCUGUAUUCGAUUUACAAGAUCGUACGCUUCAACGAGGCGACGAAUCUGUUCACGCAGUCGUACUUUCUGGCUGUGCAUCUGCUACUGACCACCGUCUGCACGCUGAGGUGCUUUCAUCUCUUCUACGACGCGUACAAUCUCGGCCACUCGUUACCGGAACCGUUGUCCAGUGUGCUGAUGUACUUGCCGGCGCCACUCUUGUCCACGGCUUUCGCCACGUUGGUACUGUAUCUGUCGCGAUGCUCGGAAGCGCCCUCGCUCAACAACAGCAUUCUCUCGCCUACCACGCUCGUACUCGCGUCCGCGGUACACAUCGUCUUGUGCGUGUCACUGCACGUAUCCGCGCAUGUGCUCGGCUAUCAGGACGAGGCGAGAAUCUUGCCGUUAAUCUGUCAGUGUAUCUACAUCGUUGUAUGUGUCACUCUCGGUCUGGGCUACGUGUACGUGUACCGUGUGGUGCGUUCGCAGAUUCACAUGGCUACAAACAAGGCGGCUGGUGCGAAUCACAUGAUGAGCGCUGAUCCGAGCACGGUGGCGCUUAGCACUGCCAUCACCACCACCGUCGCCACGGCGAUGGUCUUCAUCCUGAUGGGUUUUGUGCAGCUCUACGGCAUAUUCGGCGUACAGGAACGUCCGCAGCCGUAUCCGUGGGUCUGGUGGGGCUGGCAGUUCUCCGUCAGACUUCUGGAGCUGUCUGUCUGCGGCCUCUUAGCCUGGGUCGCCAGUCUGUCGCAGUAUCCUCUGCGCGAGAAACAGCUGCAGCAACACUCGGCCCAUUCGGGUUUCGCUUUGUUUCCCUGCGGUAGCUCCACGUCCACGGAAAACAUGGACGACGUCCUUUAUCCUGCCAUAUGUAGCACCAAUCAAGCGAUUCAGAAUUACACUAUGAGAACGGGAAAACAAGUUUACGACGAUAGUUUUCCACUGAACACCCUGCCCGAGCAUUUGAACAUAUCAGGUACCUUCGAGAGACAUUCCAUUCGUAAGUCAGGUACGAUGGGUCACUUUCCUCACGAAGGUCGGGGUUCCUUGAGUCGUCACGGAAACGGCGUACAGACUCUAAGAAAUUCCGAGACUCGCGGCAGGCAUACGCCCGUUCAAAACUUACACGAACAAGCUCCGACCAGCGGCUCGACGAUGCUAGUCGCCGAGGACGGUUUCGUUAGGUUCCGGAGUCUUGGCGCGGAGGACGAUGAAUUGUCCGACACACAAAGCAUGGUCGGCACACACGGUAGGGGCAGCUCGCUUACCGGUAGCGUUAGGUACAACGUGAGGCAUCCAACAGUACAGCAUCAGCAUCCCCAUCAGCACCAACACACGUUGCAGCACUCGCAUCCGAAUCAACAUCAAACUCAUCAUCAGCUUUACAACAACACGUAAAGGCUGUGCCAACGCGAUAGCUAGAACGUGAUUAUUGUUGAUUCAACGCAAUGAUCGUUAAUGAAACAUAGGAUGUGUCGACGCUCGCGGGAAUCGUCGCCCUCGCAAACUUCGGUCUAAACUUUGAGAACUAAUUUUAUCUCAUUAACUCUAUGUAAGAUAUGUCCUGUGUAUAGACAACCUAAUUGCCAUUCCUGCUCCCUGCUUCGCAUCGACGUCCGAGCCAAGCCUCUGCCGUACGAUAUCUAUACAUAUUUAUUUUGAUCCUUAAUAAAGAGUAUAAAAGUAUACGGCGAACUCGUUUUCCUCGAGUUCCUCUACCUGUAUGUGGGUAAGUUCAGGGUAUAUCGAAACUUGAUCUUAUAUUAGGCACUUGGUACUUAUUAAGAUUCAUGUGAUUAAAAAAAAAAAAACAGAAGAAAAGGAGUAAAGGAAAUAAUAUGUCUCACUGAAGUAUAUAGAAAAACGCUUCUCUUUCAGUUUUUUGUUUACUAGUACCGAAUAUACGGCUGUGGAGCAUAUUGGAAGAAUCAAGUGAGUUCUUGUUUUGAUCACUCUUAAAUGUCAUUAAAGCGUUAAAAACAUGUUUUAAUAGAAAAUGUUAAUCGUGUUUUUUUUUUUUUUUUUUUUUU